AUAGAAUAUAUUAGGAUGAGGUGUUGGGUGGGAAAAAUGAUAAAGUAUUUUGAAGAGAGAGUGGGUGGUGCAUGUGAGUAGGCUCGUGGGUGAUAAAAAAAAAGAAAGAAAAGAAAGUGGAAGAGUGUGGGAAUAUAUUGAUGAGGAAAAGUGAAACCAACCCAUGUGGGUGGAGGUGGUGUGUAAAACACUUAAUUAAAAGGAAGAGAGAGAGACAAUGCCCGAGAGUGAGAGAGAGAGGUCUAUCUUGUUGUUCUGUUUCUCUGUAGCGAUAUUAGUCCCAGCGGUGGUAGUUGUAUCUCAAAUUCAAUCUCAAGAAGAAGGCUUUAUUUGUAGCACAAACAUGGCUACUCUCGGAGGAAUACACGACUCUCAUUCGUCCAACCAGAACACCGCCGAUAUCGAUAAUCUCUCCCGAUUCGCCAUCCAAGAACACAACAAAAAAGAGAAUACACUCUUCGAGUUUGUGCGGGUGGUGAAGGCACAAGAACAGGUGGUUGCUGGUACGUUGCACCAUAUAACUCUCGAGGCUGUUGAUGCGGGUAAGAAGAAACUCUAUGAGGCAAAAGUUUGGGUGAAGCCAUGGAUGAACUUCAAGGAAUUGCAGGAAUUCAAGCAUGCUGGUGAUGUUGGUGACACUCCUGCAUUAACCCCGUCAGAUCUUAGUGUUAAGAAAGAUGGGCAUAGCCCAGGAUGGCAAGCAGUGCCAACACAUGAUCCUGUGGUUCAUGAUGCUGCGCAUCAUGAACUUUCCGGCGACUUAUCGGACAUGGUUUCGCCGGAGCACACUAAUUGGCUCUUCGAUUACGGCUUGAUUGAGGACAUCUCUGUCCCUGAUCCCAAUUUCUCCGCUCCCACUUCUGGGUUUUGCUGGCCCUUGAACGCUUCUUCCAACAUCGGUUUGGAAAUUGAUGGCUCCUUUGGGGAUUCAGACAGUCGCAAGGAAACUGGCUCGAAAAAGAGGCCAAGACCCGAAUUGUGUGGAGCAUCAUCAAGUUCCAAAGCAUGCCGAGAGAAGUUGCGGAGGGAUAGGCUAAACGACAAGUUUGUGGAAUUGGGUUCUAUCCUUGAGCCUGGGAGGCCACCCAAAACAGACAAGGCUGCUAUUUUGGUUGAAGCUAUUCGACUGGUGAUACAGUUAAGGGGUGAUGCUCAAAAGUUGAAGGAUUCAAACUUGACUCUGCAGGAGAAGAUUAAAGAGUUGAAGGCUGAGAAGAAUGAGCUUCGUGACGAGAAGCAGAGGCUGAAGGCUGAGAAAGAGAGAUGAGAGGUCCGGCGGGCG